AUGGCCGGGAUCGAGUCCUUCACCAUUCGGACGCCGUGCUCGUCGGCCAACAUCGGCCCGGGGUUCGACGUCAUCGGGUUGGCCCUGUCCAUCUACCUCGAGCUGCGAGUGACCAUCGACCGCACCAAAAAGACCUCGGACCAACCGCUCAACUGCCGCAUCACGUACGAGGGCCAGGGCGAAGGGUCCGAUGACGUGCCCCUCGACCCGGCCGCCAACCUCAUCACCCGCGUCGCCCUCUACGUGCUCCGGUGCCACGAUCAGCGUGCCUUUCCCGUCGAGACCCAUGUCCACAUCGCCAACCCGAUCCCCCUCGGCCGCGGCCUGGGUUCGUCCGGCGCUGCGGUUGUCGCUGGUGUUAUGCUCGGAAAGCAGGUGGGCGGCUUGGACCACCUGAGCGAGGAUCGACUGUUCGACUUUUGUCUGAUGAUCGAACGCCACCCCGAUAACGUAGGUGCGGCCCUCUUCGGCGGCUUUGUCGGCACGUACCUGAAGCCGUUGACACCUGAGGAUGUGGCGCGCGUCGAGAUCCCGCUCAGCGAGGUGCUACCAGCGCCGGCGGGCGGCCUCGACACGGGCGAGCGCCCUCCGGAGCCGCCCCACGGCAUCGGUCAUCAUAUUAAGUUCCCUUGGGCCAAGGAGAUCAAGGCCGUGGCCAUUGUGCCCAAUUUCCAAGUGCCUACGGCCAAGGCCCGCGAGGUGCUGCCGAAGGAGUAUCCCAGACAGGACGUUACAUUCAAUCUCCAGCGAAUAGCGCUGCUACCCGUGGCGCUCGGACAGUCGCCGCCAGAUCCAGACCUCAUCUAUCUGGCGAUGCAGGACAAAUUGCACCAACAAUACCGGCAGACGCUGGUGCCGGGGCUUGGGGAGAUUGUGGAGUCGAUGUCGCCAAGCUCGCAGGAAGGUCUACUCGGGGUUUGUCUGUCAGGGGCGGGUCCGACCAUACUAGCUCUGGCGACGAGCCACUUCGAGGAUAUCGCCGAGCGCAUCAUCGACCGCUUUCGACGCGAGGGUAUCGAGUGCCAAUGGCUCAUCCUCGAGCCCGCCGAGGGUACUAAAGUCAUCCGGAACUAG